CACAGGUUUUCUCUGCCUUAGGAUGAACCUUUCUCAACAGAUGGACUUAGUACACAAGUUAACUCCUCAUUCACUACUCUGAUCAUCUCAUGGACACUGGAGGGGACUUUGACAGCUACUGGCUACACCAUCUCCUACUCCAACACUAACAUUGACUGUUUCACUGACUCCAGAAGUGGUACUACUAGUGGGACAUCAUAUACACUGACUGGUCUAGAUGAGGGAACUCAGUAUUCUAUCACUGUCAAUGCCACUCUGACUGGAGGAAGGACUGAACAAGAUACUGUCACAGGCACCACAAGAACUGCUGCUCCGUCUGCCCCUCCCUCUUCUGUGAGGUUGUCAGUGGUCAGUUCCACUAGUAUCUACGUCAGGUGGGAGCCAGUGGACUGCAGGCAUCGAAAUGGAGAGAUAAUAGGCUACAUAGUGAGGUAUGGGGAGGAGGGAGGUGAUCAGAGCCAUAGGUUUCCUAGUGGAGACUCCAGUGGAGGAAUGGACACACUCAGUAGACUGACUAAACAGACAGUCUACACAGUUGAAGUGGCAGCAAGGACCAGUGCUGGUACUGGAGUCUACAGCCAACCACAGAAUAUUGAGACUCCUGAUGAUGUCUUCAUCAGGCUGAAUGGAGCUGUCAUCCCCAAACAUGGCUAUGUCGCUAUCAGUGAUAUCGGCUUCAUUGACAACGAUGCCCUACUCUGUAAUACUAAUCGUCCUGGUACUCCUAAUUCAGGAAACUGGUUUGGACCAGAUGGUACUAGAGUAGAUGGUACUGAUGUUCCAGGAGUUACCAGAAACAGAGGUCCUAUGGUAGUGAGACUGAGGAGAACCACCACUGGUACUGCACUAGAGGGGAUAUACAGAUGUUCAGUACUGGAUGCUGCAUCCACACUUCAUACUGUCUAUGUUGGACUGUACAACACUGGAGGAGGUAAUGUUGGGUUUUACAAUGUACAUUAAACCAGCACUCUCUACUCAGGGCAUCUAUUAUUGUCUGGUGGUAUGACUUUCACUCUCCAUAAUGACAAAUCAUUCACCCUCACCUGUAUCUCCACUGGUGGACCUGCUACCACUGUCACUUGGACCAGAGACUCCACCACUGUCACCCAAGGAACCCAGACUGUGUUGAAUGAUGGAGUGACUGCACAGUACACCCACACUCUGACAGACAGAACAGCAGGACUCUACACAUGUUUAAUAGCUAACAGUGUUUCAAAUGUUUCAGCAAAGUUACCUGUGCAAGGUCCCUCUCCUCCAUCUAAUGUGAGAGUGUCUCAGAAUGGGACUGAACAGUCUACUGGUGACCUGGACACCAUCAGAAGGACCCAAUGUUACUGGCUACACCAUCUACUACACCAAAUAAAUGGAGGACUUAGUGGCUCAGUGACAGCUGCUGAGACAGAUACUAGCGUCGUCAUCACUGGACUAAUUGCAGGAGCAACCUUCUCUAUCAGUGUAUCAGCCGACUCCAGUACACUAUCAAGUUCUAGAUCCCGAGGACCGGAUACUUUAAUAGUACCAGCGACCAUCUCGCUCACAUCUUCUCCUCCCUCCCCCAUGAUGUCUGGAGCCACUGUCUCUCUCACCUGCUCCAUUUCCCUGCCCAUAGAUGUCACUGAUGCCUCAGGCAUACAGUGGAAUGGGCCUGGAGUAACUCCUACCCCAGUUAACUCUAUCAUCAGUGAAAAGAAGAUUUCCAGUCUCCUAACUUUCAGUGGCAUAUCAACUUCUCAGAGUGGAUUGUAUGGAUGUAACUUCACUCUUGGUGGAUCCAUUUAUGUCAAUAUCACUAUUAAUGUUUUAGUCACUACCUACAACAUCUCCUAUUCAAACACUAAUAAGAAGUGUUUUGACGACAAUAAAACGAUGAGUGUUGAAAACCAAACACUCAACUCUACUCUGGAAGAAUUAGAAGAGCACACAGAGUAUUUGGUGAAAGUUGCAGUUUGGCACGAAGGUCGUGUUGUUGGGAGUAACAGUACCGUGGUUACUACCAAGCCAGUAGCUCCAUCUGCUGGUCCCUCUUCUGUGAGUGUGGCUGGUGUUACAUCAUCCACCAUCACUGUGAUGUGGGGAAGUGUACCAUGUAUCCAUCAGAAUGGAGACAUCACUGGCUACUUAGUCCAGUACGGAGCAGUGGGGAGUGAGAACAAGGAUACCAUGGAAACCAGUGAAACUGAAAUUACUCUACUAAGUUUGACACCAGAAACAGACUAUGAGAUAAGUGUGGCUGCUGUUAACACUGAAGGAAUAGGAGUUAGCACAAACACCUCAGCGACAACUUCAGCAGAGAGAGCUACUGGCAUCAGCAGUUCAGCAGUGGCAGCACCCACAAGUGGAGCAGUUAUUGGGGUUCUCCUACUAAUUUUGCUCCUCGCAGUUUUACUCAUCGUCUUUGUCAGGUAUAGAGUACUUUUUCACUUUCACAGACACUUAUUGUUUGUGUGUCCAUAACCCGAGGUGGAGGAGAAGUCACAGAGGAUCAGUGAAAGUGAAAUCCAAACCACUGCCACCUCCCAAACCAUUGAGGAGAGAGAAGAGAAGAGAAGGGAGGGAGUCAGAGUGGACUGGAGAUGAAAGAUUUUGAGGAAAGCAAUGAGGAAGAGAAAGAAUACUACUUUGAAGAUCCAUCCAACAUAGUGGUUUCUCGCAGUGAUGUCCCCGUGGCUGAGUUCCCGGAAUAUGUGAAAUUGUUGCAUCAAGACAGAGAUCGCAAGCUGGAGGUCGAGUACAAGUCAUUGGAAAAGCUUCCUGCGGUAUCUACAGAAGCUGCAAAACUCGUCUGCAACAUCAGUCACAAUAGAUUCAAAAAUAUCUUCCCUUAUGAUCACAGCAGGGUCCAGCUGAAGGAAAAUCCAGCAGAGAAGGGCUCUGACUACAUCAAUGCUUCAUUCAUUGAUGGGUAUCCAGAGAAGAAGAAAGCUUACAUUGCCUCACAAGGCCCAACGAGCUGACAGCCAACAGAUUCUGGGAGAUGGUGUGGGACUAUCAGAUCCCUACCAUCGUCAUGCUCACUCGCUGCGUUGAGGACGGCA